AUGACUCGAGUUGUGGCACAGCUUGAUUUAUCCCUUGAACAGCAGGAGAGAAAAGGGACAUCAACACAAAAGUUACAAUUUUGGCCAUUCUGGAAUAGAGUUAUACCAUCUGGAUCAACUCCAAAGGAUCAAAAUGAGGUCCAAGUUGACAAGCUGUCAAAGGCCACCCUUGCCCCUGCCAUUAAAAAAGCCUUUCCACUAGCUGGAUCAACAGCAAAGGAUCAAAAUGAGGUUGAAGUUGAUAAGCUGCCAAAGGCCAUCCAUGCCACUGGCAUGCAAGAAGACUAUGUCCCUUUCAUUCUAUUUGGUGAAACAAAGUUCAGUCAACCAGAGGCCAUUUAUGAUAUUUAUUUUAGCCUCGUGUAUAAUGGAUUCCAAGGAGUUGUGGAAUACGGGGAGGAUGCAUCAAUUGAAAGGCUCGACUACAUGCCAAAGAAUAAUUUUAGAAUUUCAACUCCAUUAAUUUCUUGGCUGAAGCAUGAGAAUGUGGUCGAACUAGUUGUUUACAAUUUGGAUGGCCGUCAGCAGAUCUUGGCGUAUGAUUAUGCUCCACGAGCGUCCCUACAUGACAUUCUUCAUGAACUGCAAAGCAUAGGCUCAAACUCAAAGCGAUAUCCGGCUUUAUCAUGGUCACAAAGAAUCCAAAUCGCUCUAGGGGUCGCAAAGGGAUUAUGCUACAUUCAUGACAGGGGAUUGAUCCAUGAUAACAUCAGAUCCAGGAAUGUUUUACUUUGUGAUGAUGAAACCGCUAAGAUAAUUGAUCCUUUUCUAUGGACUCCAUGCCCGCAGUGUAGUGAAAUAGUUUACAACACACGACGAGCAGAGCAGCAUCAUGUGCCAUGGGCAUUACAACAGCUCAGUUCAAACAAAGUACACAAGAUUGUGGAUGCUAGAUUAGAAGGAGACUACCCGCCCAAGGCAGUUGAGAAGAUGGCUAAAGUUGCUCAACUGUGCCUUCGAGAAUAUUAUCGUCCAAAGAUGGUUGAAGUUGUACAAGAUCUCGAGCUGUGCCUUCGCGAAACCAAAUCACAACACUCACAAGAUGGACCAACUCAAGAGGAUUACAAUGAGGCUGGCACCGAAAGAUAUAUGUUAGAUGUCCCUGUCAUUCUAUUCGGUAAAAGGAAUAUCUUCUUUAAAGAUGAUGUUCAUAACAAGCAUAGGAUGUCUAAUGGAUUUACAAGAGUCCUGAAAAAUGGAGAGGACGCAACAGUUCAAAGGCUCCGCUUAAUGCUAAAGCAUGGGUUGAAGCAUGAGAACAUGGCCAAACUAGUUGUUUACGAUUUUCAUGGCCGUGAGCCGGUCUUGGCAUAUGAUUGUUCUCCACGAGGGUCCCUACACGACAUUCUUCAUAAACAACAAGACAUAGGUUCAAGCUCAAACCCAUAUCCGGCUUUAUUAUGGUCCCAAAGAAUCCAAAUAGCUAUUGAUGUCGCAAGGGGAUUACGCUACAUUCAUGAUGCGGGAUUGAUCCAUCACAACAUCAGAUCCAACAAUGUUAUACUUUGUGAUGAUGAAACUGCGAAGAUAAUUGAUCCUUUUCUAUGGACUCGAUGGCUCCAGUGUGGGCCAAAACCAUCUGUGAGUGAGCGUAAACCUUUUGUAUUGCAUGAUUUCUCUGAGAGCAAUGAUGUAUACAACUUUGGUGAGGUUCUCCUUGAGCUCUUGACAGGUAGUAAAUUAGUUGAUAACACACGACAAGCAGAGCAGCGUCACCUUGUGUCAUGGAUGGCUAAAGUUGCUCAAUUGUGCCUUCGAGAUGAAACUUAUUAUCGUCCAGAGAUGCGGACAGUUGUACAAGAUCUCGAGCUGUGCCUCAGCGAAACCAAAUCGCAACACUCUCAGAGAUGA